ACUCCUAGUACACCGCGCGGUGCGAUGACUUCUAGAACACCUUACACUACUACGCCAGGAACAGUCAGCGGAAUGAAUCAAGAAGCAAUACAGCGAGUUGCACAGAAUCUUCCACAUCACAUGUUACACUCGUUAUCACAAGUGGCGAAUCAAACGCCGCAUCAUUAUCCGCCACACACCCCGGGAGCGGCUAGUACUACCGGCUAUGGCGAAGGACACACGUAUACAGUCCCAAUACGCCGUACACGCCGUCUGGUCAAACUCCGUUUAUGACCCCGUACCAGACGCCGCAUCAUAGCCAGCCCACUCCCAGAUACGGUCAACAAACCCCUAGCCAUCAUCAAGGGCCCUUUGUACAUCCGCCGCCGCCCUCGAUGACACCCAGCCAUCACAGGUCUGCUCAAUCGCACAGACCUACACCACCCCUGUCUACUCCUUCCGGUGAUCCCAUGGAUUGGAAGAAAGCCGCCGAAGCAUGGGCACGUUUAAAAAGCGGUCCUCGAGUCUCCGGAUCGACGCCUAGAUACGAAGAGUCUAGAAAAACUCCGCGUAGCUAUGACGAGUCAUCUGGCAGAACGACGCCUUCCGGAAGGAGUAGACCCUCCACACGUACUCCAUCGUAUAAAUCUCCGCGAGGUACUCCACACACGAAUUCUAGUCCACGGAGUAUGUCCCUCAGCGGAGAUGGUACUCCUUUAUACGACGAGAGCUAACGGGAUUGUGCAUAGCUGAUUUAUAUUUAUUAGUUACGUCUCAUAUCAUGCUAUGUAUGAAAUAGUAAGAGUACGCGUCUCAAAACAUCGUUGAUCGCUCGCGUCGAAUCGAUCAUUGAUCGCUGUAGACAUGCAACAUGCGUAGUGAAUUCCACUUUCUUGCACGCGAGAUUUUGUUUGCGAAUCAAGAAAGGAAUCGUCGAUUGGUUAUUAUAAACUACGGUGUUGUACUGUAAUUUAUUUAUUAUGUAAUAUUUUCGCGGUUUCUUCCUAUGUACAUAAUACAAUUUUAUGGAAACUUUAUGAAGGCCUCAUGAACACGCUCUGCAAUUUCUUGAUUCACUUUCCUACACAUUGAUGGCAUCAAUGAGAAAAAUAAUUUGAAUAAAAAAUUGGAAUUUACUAUAAUUUACGAACGGUUCUUAUUUAUCAGUGACUAUAGAAAGAUAUUAAAUAUAAGACUACGGUCAAAAUAGAAUCAUAAUAUUUUACAAGA